AUGAGCGGCGGCGGCGGCGGCAGCGGGCUGCGCAGCUACGCGGCGCUGCCCGUGUGCGUGGUCGAGGAUCACCAGGACGUUCUGCCUUUCAUCUAUCGUGCAAUUGGUUCAAAGCAUCUUCCUGCCAGCAACAUCAGCUUUGUCCAUCUAGAUUCCCAUCCAGACCUCCUUAUUCCUGUCAAUAUGCCAGCAGACACUGUAUUUGACAAAGAGGCUCUUUUUAGUGAAUUAAGUAUUGAGAACUGGAUUAUGCCUGCAGUUUAUGCUGGCCAUAUUUCUCAAGUAAUAUGGCUUCACCCACCCUGGGCUCAGCAGAUCUCCGAGGGAAAACAUGACUUUUUAAUUGGGAAAGACAUAUCAACAACUACCAUCAGGGUUACAGGUACAGAUCAUUACUUUCUAAGUGAUGGGCUUUACGUCCCUGCUGAUCAACUGGAAAACAAGAAGCCUUUAAGUUUACAUGUCAUCCUUAUUAAUCCUACUGAAGCAUUGAACAAUCUAGAAGAAAAUGACAAAGCAGCAUCUGCUAAGAGAGUAAAGCUGAGUACAGAUGACACAGCAAGCACUGCUCCUGCCUCCUCAUCAGUGAUUCCUGGUGACCUUGAUCACAGCUGCUCAAGUGGGAAGAACAAGGGAAUACAAAAUACAAGCACACAAAACGGGACAGAAACCUUGUCAGAGGGCUCAGCUUCAUGCUCUUCUAGAAACAGUGAAUGUCCAAUAAGGGAAGUUGUUGAAGAUGUAUGCCAAGCACUGCAGAAAGGGGAUGCAUGUGUUUUAGACAUUGACUUAGAUUUUUUUUCUGUUAAAAAUCCCUUCAAAGAAAUGUACACGCAGACAGAAUAUGAGCUUUUGCAAGAGUUGUACAGUUUUAAGAAGCCUCAGAGGAAUGCAACAGAGGAGGGCUUAUUGGAUUGUGUUGAAAACCGUGUUCAUCAGCUGGAAGAUCUGGAAGCAGCAUUUGCAGACUUGUGUGACAGCGAUGAUGAAGAGACACUACAGAAAUGGGCUUCGUAUCCCGGAAUGAAGCCGCUUGUUCAACUUGUUCACAGUCUGAAAAGCAGGAUGGAGACCCCAGACUAUGAAAUGGUCCAUCAGGCUGGUCUCACCUGUGAUUAUAUUGAGCUUCCCCACCAUGUUAGCACUGAAGAGGAGAUAGAAGGACUCAUAAGAUCCAUUGAACUUCUGCUAAAAAAUAUGCCUAAACCAACGCUUGUAACAAUUGCUCGAUCAAGUUUGGAUGACUACUGCCCUUCAGAGCAGGUUGAUGUCAUUCAAGAGAAGGUUCUCGGUUUGCUACGUUCGGCAUACGGCUCUCUGGAUGUGCACUUAGAUUACUCAAGCAGUUCAUCUUCUGUGUGACCUUUUUCCACCCUCCAAUGCAGUGGAUUCAUUUAAAUUGCAGUGGAUUCAUUUAAAUUUGGAUACUAGUUAUGGUUGGAGAGGGAAAGCGCUUACUGCAGCAGGAUGCACUAGAAGCCAAGGUGACCAAGAGCUAGUUCUAAGUUUCCUUGCUUUAUGCAGGUCAGCUGUGUCUGAACUCUCAUCUGUGCUUGUCACUGUUCAGAUUAAUUAUGAUUAUUUUAACUGUAUUUAUUUUAAUUAAUGGAAGAGCAAAUAUUUUUUGCCAAAAAAUGUGUGUUUUCAUCUGAUGUCUGUAAGUCUCUGUAAAAACAAAGACUUCAAAAAAGUUAAUGGAUUUCUUUUAUGUAUUUCUUUUUUUUUUAAUGGAAGUUGGUGAAAUAUAUUGCACAUAACCCAGGAAAA